AUGUGGAGCUGUCUGAGAGAGGGAGUUAGAGAGAGGGGGAGAGAGAGAUGAAAAAAGAGGUUAGAGAGAGAGAGAGAAAUCCGAGCCGACAGCUUUCUUAAUAGAGCAUGAUUAACUCAGCCAGAGAAGCAGGAAAUCGUAGGAUUGCAGUUGCAUUUUCAGUUCGGUAUUUGGAUGUAUGUUAACGACUUAGCUAUAAUGUCGACAGAGCAUCCAUUUCUGAAAGAAUGUUUAUUGAUGAUGCAUCGACUUCAGUUAAAGUGGUGGCUGCAUUUUUCAUUUCUUAGUCUCUUUUCCGCUGUUUCGUUUGGAGAAGUCCAUUAUGUUCUUCCAGAAGAGAUGCAGAGGGGCUCUGUGAUUGGAAACGUUGCGCGGGAUCUGGGGCUGGAGGUGAAAGAGCUUGAUGCUCGUCGAGCCCGUGUUGUUGCAGAAGGAACAAGCCAGCUGUGUGAACUGGACACUGCGUCAGGCAAUCUUUUGAUCAGCCAACGGAUAGACCGAGAGGAGCUCUGCGCACAAGCCACUGCCUGCAUUUUACAGUAUCAGCUUUUACUUGAACAGCCCCUUCAAGCAUUCAGCAUAGUUUUGGACAUUACAGACAUAAAUGACAACAGCCCAGUGUUUCCUACGGGGGAGAUAAAACUGGAUUUAGUGGAAUCCACAGUUCUGGGGAGGCGCUUUCCCUUAGAGAGCGCACAUGACCCCGAUCUCGGCACGAAUUCUGUCCGUGAAUAUACACUGAGCCAGAAUGACAAUUUUGCACUGGAAAUGGGUAACCAAAUGAACGGAAAUGCUUAUCCUGAGCUAGUUCUUAAAAAGGCAUUGGACCGGGAGGCACAAGUUGAACAUGUACUGAAAAUCAAUGGAAUUGACGGGGGAAAUCCGGCUAGAUCAGGAACUGCUUCUAUCCUUAUCCGUGUUUUAGAUGCCAAUGAUAAUGUCCCAGUUUUUAGCCAGCGAGUUUACAAAGCCUCUGUGCCAGAGAACUCAGCCAUAGGGACUGUCAUAGCCACGCUACAGGCAACGGACCUGGAUGAGGGGGUGUAUGGGGAGAUAACUUAUUUCUUCAGUCAUCUGUCUGACAAGUUGGGAGGUGUUAUUGAAAUUGACCCUUUAAGUGGAGAAGUUCGCGUAUCAGGUGUCAUUGACUAUGAAGAAGCUAGCUCACACGAGCUAGAUGUUCAGGCUAAAGAUGGCGGUGGCCAGGCCUCACACUGUAAACUUAUAAUUGAUGUGAUUGACGUGAACGACAAUAAGCCCGUGAUAGAAAUAAAGUCGGCCUCUUCUAACGUGGCUGAAGACUCCAAACCAGGGACUAUGGUUGCUCUGAUUAAUAUAUAUGAUAUGGACACUGGGAGCAGUGGGCGUGUCACCUGUACGAUCUCAAAAAAUGUUCCUUUUAAAUUAGUAUCGGAGGUCAAAAACUAUUACAUGCUAGUGACUGAUGGAAUAUUGGACAGGGAAGUGCAACCAGAGUAUAACCUCACAGUAACUGCCACUGAUGCGGGCUCUCCCCCACUUACUAGUGUAAAAGUUAUACCAAUCGUGAUUAGCGAUAUAAAUGAUAACCCCCCGACAUUUAUGCAAAGCGAGUACAAUGCCAACAUCUUGGAAAACCAACCCGUUGGCACGUUUGUCAUUAAAGUCAAAGCGGAAGACGUUGACGACGGGUCUAACGCUAAAAUCCAAUACCAAAUAUCAAAGGACACAAACUCAGAAGUGUCAUCUUUCUUAAGCAUCAACUCAGACACGGGGGAGGUCUUUACCUCACGCAUGUUUGACUACGAACAGUCAGUUUACUGCCAAAUUAAAGUGACAGCUAGAGACGGCGGUGGGCCUUCACUUUCCACCACCUGCAUUAUAAAUGUGUUUAUUAAAGACCAAAAUGACAACGCACCUGUGGUCUUAUAUCCUGUGCAAAGUAGCGGUUACAUUGCUGAAGAUAUGGUACCAGCUGAAGCGCCUAGAGGUUACCUGGUUACUAAGGUGGUGGCUGUGGACGCUGACUCAGGUCAUAACGCAUGGCUUUCUUACAGAAUAAUCAAAGCAACACGGCCUAACGUGUUUAUGGUAGAUCUGCAUACAGGGGAAAUCAGAACAACGCGAACAUUCAUAGAGGACGAUGAACCAAAACAUACUAUUGUUGUAUUAGUAACGGAUAACGGGCUCGAAUCUCUCUCUGCCACUGCGACAGUCAGCAUAAUGCUUGGUGACGGGCUCCCCGUUUUAAGCGAACUUUUAGAGUUUGCAGAUGAGUCACAAGAGAGCGAUAACUUAACGCUCUAUUUGAUAAUCGCUCUUUCAACCGUGUCUUCUAUGUUUAUCCUUCUAAUCAGCGGAGUGUUUUAUUUUAAGCUCUGUCGGCGUGGCUAUGUUUACCGUUCAACCACAGCCAGUCUGCCCGUUUUCCCCACGACCUAUUGCCCCUCUAGUUUUGCAGAUUUUAGCCGUUGCGGCACCUUGCUGAAUGAUGAGCGAUAUGAUUCCUUUAUGACCACCGGGUCGUGGAGAGGUGAUUUUCGUUUCGCAUCAAAUACAGACACCGACACUCUUAAGAAAAGAAGUGCAGCUUAUCAGAAAAACACACUGAGGCGCCUCAGUGCAGACAGGGCCACGCUGAAGGUGAGGGCAGGUGCACCGCAUCCCUGUUAUGUGCCUGAGUGUGCUUACUCCUGCAUACUGCAGAGUGCCAUGAUGAUGAAGAAAGGAGGAGCACAUAUGCAGUACAGCAAAACUGAACUGCUUGUGGUUCUAAACCACAAAAACCUGCACACCUUCGCUGAUAAUGACUGGGACUCAAUUCCCCCUGAGAUCCGGAGGGUCACUGACUCCAAUUUCACCAUACCACCGCUGAAGUGGCGUAGGCGACGGAGGCACAGGAAACAGAAGAGAGGGAAGAGAGAGGGGCUGAGGGCUAGGCUACGUGCUAACGCACACAGACCGGCUAUUCCGAGCCUCUUCCUCACCAACUCACGGUCACUAAAUAACAAGAUGGGUGAGCUACGACUGCGGAUCGCCUCAUGCUGUUUGGAUUACUGUGUUAUGAUCAUCACAAAGACUUGGUUGGACUCUUUUACCCCAGACACUGCGAUUGAGCUAGCGGGCCACGCUACAUUCACAGCGGACAGGAACAAAGAGUCCGCCUACAGAGAGGAGGUUCAGCAUCUGAAGCAAUGGUGUGACGACAACAACCUGCAUCUGAACACAGCCAAGACCAAGGAGAUGGUAAUCGACUUCAGAAGAACAAAGCGAUCUGAGCACUCUACCCUCUACAUUGAUGGGGAGGAGGUAGAAAGGGUAGAAAGCUUUAAGUUCCUUGGAGUCCACAUCUCGGCCGACCUUACCUGGUCCACAAACACCUCCCACCAGGUAGGGAAAACACAACAAAGGCUGUACUUCCUCAGGAAACUACGUCAGGCCCAAUUACCCCAGAGACUGCUAAUAAACUUCUACCGCUCCACCAUUGAGAGCCUUCUGACCUACUGCUGCACACUCUGGUUCAACUGCUGCACCGCAGAGGACAAGAGGAAACUGCAGCAGGUGGUGAGGACAGCAGAGCGGGCAAUCGGCACUUCACUAACUCCCCUCGGAGACACUAUACUGGCAGACUUCAGCAGAAAGCCAGUAUCAUCAUCAAAGACCCCUCGCACCCUGGACACUCACUUUUUCCCCCCCUUCCCUCUGGUAAAUGCUACAGAAAUGGAUAAUAUGAAGCACAACGGUGCCCUGCGUCAGUGGAAGGUCUCCAUUUUGCUUUUCUUUGUGGUUGCUGCGGUCAAUGGACAAAUCCGCUAUUCUAUACCAGAAGAGAUGAGGAAAGGACUCUUUGUCGGAGACAUUGCAAAAGACCUGGGCUUGGAUGUCAGACGGUUGGUAUCUGGUCGAGCUCGACUGGUAAUAGAAGAUGACAAUCAAUAUGUCGUGCUGAACCAGAACAAAGGCCAUAUCGUUGUCAAUGAACGAAUUGACAGAGAAAGAUUAUGCGCUAAGAAAUCUCCGUGCAGCUUUAGUCUGGAAAUUGUUCUUGAAGAGCCACUCGAAUUGUUUUCCAUUACUAUCGAAAUACAAGAUAUAAAUGAUCAUGCUCCCGUUUUCCCAAAAAAAGAAAUUAAUUUAGAAAUUAGCGAAUCGACGCCGACUGGGACUGUGUUUUUGCUUGAUAGUGCAGCUGAUCCUGACGUAGGGACAAACUCACUGCAGAGUUAUUCUUUAAAAGCAAACGAACAUUUUGUUCUCAAACAACAUACUCGAGCAGAUGGGAGUAAAUAUGCCGAAAUGGUGCUUCAGAGUGGUUUGGAUCGCGAGAAGCAAAGCAAACAUGCGCUCAUAUUAACGGCUGUCGAUGGUGGGAAGCCGCAGAUGUCCGGAACGGUAAAAAUACACAUAUCUGUGCUGGAUGCAAAUGACAACUCGCCUGUUUUCACACAGUCCAUAUACAAAGCCUCUGUACUUGAAAAUGCUUUACGAGGCACAAUUAUUUCCACAGUCAGUGCAGUAGACGCCGACCAAGGUUACAAUGGUAACGUUACAUAUUCAUUCACACACCUAGAAGAUGGUUCCGCUUGUCCUUUUGAAAUAAAUUCCAACACGGGUGAGAUUAAACUCGUCGGGGAUAUCGACUAUGAGGCUUCUCCAAAUUACGAGAUAAACCUCCAAGCAAAAGAUCCAUGGGGUGUCACAGGAGCCAGCAAGUUAGUGAUCGAAAUAGUAGAUGAAAAUGAUAACAGUCCAGUAAUCACAAUGGCUUCAUAUUCGGGGAAGAUUUCAGAAGAUUCUCCUCCUGGCACAGUUGUGGCGUUAAUUAGUGUCCAAGAUAAAGAUUCUGGGAAAAACGGACAGGUGCAUUUAACUAUAGAUGAACAUCUGCCUUUCAAAAUUAAAUCUUCUCUCAGAAACUAUUAUACAUUAAUCACUGCGCAAAUUCUCGACCGAGAGAAGCUUCCCACGUACAACAUUACUCUCACUGCCACUGAUGAGGGCUUCCCAGUAUUAUCGAACAAGAAAUCUGUCUAUUUAGAAGUUAGCGAUAUUAAUGACAACGCUCCAGUUUUUAGUCAAAGUCUUUACAGCGCUCAGGUAACGGAAAACAAUUCUCCAGGUGUCCCUCUGUUGCAGAUUCGUGCUACUGAUUUGGACCAGGGCCAGAAUGCACGUAUAUCAUAUUUUCUUUUUGAAGACGAGCUGAAUGGAAAUCCGGUAUCCGCAUAUUUCUCCAUCAAUACAGAAAGUGGAGUCAUUCAGUCUCUGCGUUCACUGGACUAUGAACAAGUCAAAGAGUAUAAAAUACGAGUUAAAGCACAAGAUGGUGGGUCACCCCCACAGAGUAGUACUACAUCAGUUAUUGUACAUGUACAGGACCAGAAUGACAACCCUCCUCAGAUUCUGUACCCAGUCCAGACUGGUGGCUCUCUGGUGGCUGAAAUGGUGCCUCGUUCAGCAGAUGUGGGCUAUCUGGUGACUAAAGUGGUGGCUGUUGAUGUGGACUCUGGACAGAAUGCCUGGCUCUCCUAUAAACUGCAGAAAGCCACAGACAGGGCGCUGUUUGAAGUGGGCUUACAGAAUGGAGAAAUCAGAACUAUCCGCCAAGUCACUGAUAAAGAUGCUAUCAAACAAAGACUGACUGUUAUAGUGGAGGACAACGGGCAGCCCUCUCGUUCAGCUACAGUCAUUGUUAACGUGGCGGUGGCGGACAGCUUCCCUGAAGUGCUGUCGGAGUUCACUGAGUUGACCCACGACAAGGAGUACAAUGACAACUUGACUUUUUACUUAGUCUUGGCUCUGGCUGUAGUUUCCUUCCUCUUCAUCACGUGUUUAGUGGUUAUUAUAUCAGUCAAAAUCUACAGGUGGAGACAGUCUCGCAUCCUGUAUCACUCCAACCUCCCUGUCAUUCCAUAUUAUCCACCACGUUACUCAGACACUUUGGGCACAGGGACUCUCCCCCAUGUGUACAAUUACGAGGUGUGCAGGACGACUGACUCCAGAAAGAGUGACUGUAAGUUCGGCAGAGCUGGUAGUCAGAAUGUGCUGAUAAUGGACCCCAGUUCUACAGGAACGAUGCAGCGGAUACAGAGUGAAAAGAGCAUCCUGGAUGAACCAGACUCUCCUCUAGAGCGAAUAGCCCCCCCCAUCCAGUGA